CCAGUACGCAAGCGCAAGAAACUACCAGGAGGCUCAGACAGUCCGAAGUCUAUCCUCAAGCCAGCUCCGCCUCCGCAGAAAGCCUUCUCUUUUCGCCGAGAUAUCCUACAGUCUCUGAAUACACGGUUGGCGCAACAGGGCGUGAAUGUUCAGGUACCGCUGCCACAGAGUGGAACAGCACAAGGAGCAGCCAAUCUCAUAGGGGGUGUCUUCAAGAGGCUCGGAGGGAUAGCAGGGGCGGCAUUGGCAGGUCCUACAGGCGAUUGGCCGAACAACGAUCAGUCGGGUGCGCAAGGGAGUACGGAGGGUCAAGUCCAGCAGCAUACCUCUCCAGCCGCCGCUUCUCUGCAGAGCGUUGCUGCCAGAGCACAACAAGCAUCGCCUACUGCCAGCAGGAAUGGCGACGCCGCUCGCUCACUCGCAGCGACAGAUGGCUCAACUUCAUCUACCUCCUCUACCAUCUCUGCAUCUUCGGGCCUCCCUGUCCCCUCGUCUUCGGCUGAGCCUUUGAAGCGGGUCCAAUUUACAGUCUCGAAGAUGUCAGUCAUCUACCCCAUAUCAGGCGCAAUAGCCCCAGGCGACGAGGAUGAGACUCGCAAAAGGAUCGAGCAUCUACACAGACAGACAAUGAAGGAGAGAAAAGGCAGGGCAUGGACGCCGAACGAGCUUGAAGCUCUGUAUCGGCAAUGCUGCAAGAUACGAGAAGAGUUUCCGCUCAAGAAGAUGCGCCUUGUCUUCGAAGAGGCAGCUCAGCAGACGCCCCCCUCCCUCAAGACUCUCGACCUGUCGUUCUUGCCGCUGGAUAGGCAAGCUAUAGACCCACUGGCCGACUUCUUGAGCGUAGAUUUCGGAUUGGAGAAGCUCCUCCUGGAGAAUUGCGGGCUGAGCGAUGAUGGAGUCAAGGCUCUUUUGCACGGGUUGCUGAUCUCCGGAACCUUGCCAAAUCUCAGCUUGGCCAGCAAUCGCAAAAUCAAAUACCAAGGCUGGCGCUACGUGUCAAUCUUCAUGCGGAGAGCAAGAGCGCUGAGGUACCUUGAUCUGAGCGAGAAUCCCAUCAAUCGGGCUAGUCUGGAACACAUCGCUGAGGCAAUUCGGAAGCCAGAGGAAGCUGUCACGAAGCAGCCCAAGGUCAAGGGAGAUGGCGGAGCGUCGGAAGCUGUCGAAGCCGAUGCCGCUUCAGCCUUGGACAUGCCCGAUGACCUUGACGAGGAUGGAGAGCCCCUGAUGCCGCCGGCUGCUCUUCUUCGGCACUCCGCCGACGAGGACAAAGCCCCUCUCACCUCUGCCAUCAUCUCCUUACGCCUUGAGAAUUGUGGAUUGAAAGGCCCUCCGCUCAAUGUGUUGGGACAGGCUGUACGUACCUCGGACGUUAAGCAUCUCAGUCUCAGGCGCAACCGCAUCAAUCAAAUGGGCGCAGUCGCCUUGGCCAUCAUGCUCAAAGAUUACCCUGAAUCGUCAUCUACUGUCGAGGAGCAGCAUGCCUCUGGCCUUCGGAACGGCAGUAGUGAGGCAGAGGCCAGAAGUGAACGCGUCAGUCGCUUGAGCGGCUCGAGCUCGUCCGUCGCGCACCGGAGCUAUUCACCCUCGCCUUCUGAUGGACCUUCCAUCACCUCGAGUCCCGCUGGCGGGAUGACCGCCAGGAGGAUGCCAGUGGCACGGGAUACCAUCGACAUCGAUCAACAAUUGACUCGCUCUGAGGAAGAAACCAUUCGGAUGACAAAGGACCCAGCUUUGACAGAAGCAGAGGCCAUCGCGCUGUACCAAGCCAAGAGAGCGAAGAAAAUUCUGGCCGGUCUGCCCCGAGUAGGUAAUCUUCUGACUCUGGAUUUGAAGAGCAAUGAUAUUCGCGGAGGGGUCACAUAUCUCGCGCAAGUGCUGAGGAAGAACCGCACACUCCGAGUACUCAAUUUGAGCGACAAUGGCAUCGAGAUGGGUGGUCUCGUUGCACUCGCUGAGGCCUUGAAGUACAAUUCGACCUUGGAAACACUCGAUCUGAGCCACAAUCCUUGCUCAGGCCCUGGACUUGAAGGCAUCACUACUCUGCGCACUGCCUUUGCCCUCAAUUCGAAUCUCAAGCGGCUCUUCCUCAACGAUACAGAUCUCUCCUCUGAAGGCGCAAUCGCUCUGGCCGAGUUCCUCCCCGAGGCGAAGUCACUCAUCCAUCUUGACCUUACAGAGAACUUUGACAUCGACGUGGCAGGCGUAAUGGCGCUUGCCGUCAGUGUGAAGCUGAACAAGUCUCUGCGCUGUCUCGACUUGAACAUUCCACCCAAUGAUGCUGACUUUGCUCGUUUGAGCCAAGAAAUCCUCCAGAGCUGCAUCCGCAACACACAGGCGGCGCAGAAGAAGGCCACGCUCAAAGGACUCAAGCAGCCCAUUGCUGCUCCCAUCUACAAGUCCGUCGUGGCGCGGGCGGCAAAGGAGAAGGAUGAGCGGCAAAAGGCAAUGAGCGCUACCAAGGCUACUGAGCAAGGGUCCACGGCAGAAUAUAGCAAGCUCGUCGAGGCGGCACAGGAGUGCAAGAAUGUCCUGCAAGAUCUUCUCAGGGGAGAGGAGAAGAGAAGGAAAGAGGCGAUGCCCGAUCAAGUUUCAACAGAACCUCCCUCGAAGGUGUUCGUAGACGACCUCGUAGCUCAGGCUCAAAAGUUGCGGACCAAACUGAGCAAAGCUGCUGGUGGGAUGGAGGAGGGCGAACUUCUAGCGCAGACCCUACAGGUCAAUGACGAGCUGCAAGAAGUCGCCAGUCGCCUCAUCGUCUUCUACCGUGAGGCGGCCAGUGCUCGUUCGCCGAAGCUGCCCGGCAGUCGUCGCGAGGCAGCGUCCGGCUCAAUGUCAGCCGAAGAAGCUGGAUUCUCCUCCUUCUCCAUCGGCGAUGGCGACGACGAUGUCGAAGCCGAGCACGAGCCUCAUCCCCUCACUUCCUCCCUCGCAGGGCUUUCCCUCGAUGGCAGCACUCCUGCCGGCCCAGGUCUGGUGGCAGAGAAGGAGGAAGAGGUGGGCGAGCAAGACGACUCGUUGGACAAUCCAGAGGAAAUCAAGGCGCGGAACAUGGUGGAUGAGGAAGGGGAGAUCUUUCGUCGAGCGAGAAGUCUGGGUGUGGGAGACGAAGAAGACGAGGAGGAGGACGAGGAAGAGGAGGAAGGCGGGGAACAAGGAGGU